UCUUUUUUUCUUCUUCUCUCUCUUUUUUUUCUUUUCUUUUUCUUUUGUGAUUUUGAUUUUGAUUUUGUCAAUUGUUUCCCCUAGAUGGGAAACUAUUUGUUGAACCAGUAGAGCCUAACUUAUCAAAUUUCUUAAGUAUUAAACCAGCAAAGUAUAGAUUUUCAGUCCAAUUGAAAAAGCAGAUUUCGUUUGUUCAGCAAUUAACUAACAAAACCGAUGAAUAUGUUGCUUUCAAUGUUCAAGGGACGAAUGGGAAUGGGAAAAUUUAUCGUGCUAAUCCAAAUAGAGGAAUUGUAUUACCUGGAACAACUUGCCACAUUGAAGUAAAUUUGACCGCAAAGGAAGCACCACGGGACAUGCAUUUCGAAGAUGCGCUGCUCUUACUGAGCUUUAUAGCACCAAAAGGUGCAACAAGGGAAGACAUUACACCUGAAAUGUUUGAGGAUGAAAGUGGGAAGGUUGAUGAGGAAUUCGAGUUGAGGGUGAUUUAUGUUCCAACAAAUCCACUCAUACCUGAAGGAUCUGAGGACGGAUCUUCUCAUAGGGCAUACGGUGUGGGGAAUGGGAAUCUAGGAACUUGUUUGCUUGAUGCUCUUUAUUCUCUGCUACCUAAAAGUUCUUGGGGAGGAUCUUCUGCUAGGGCAUCUGGUGUGGAGAAUGAGAAUCAAAAAUAUAAUGUGCUUGAUCCUGUUACUGGCGAUGGUGUCCGGCAACAGAAUCUUCAGAAGCGUUCGAAACGGCUUAAAAAUAUUUGAGCAAAUCAACUCCUAUUUUGGGAGCACAUCGUUUGGAAGAAGAAGAGGGCCACGCUGAAGGAAGUGAUUAAUUUUUAAUUAAACCAUACAAUAUAUAAUUUCUGAGUUUUUUUUGGUACCAGGGGAAGAUUUGUGUGAAAGAAUUAGGUGAUGAGAUGGUAGAUGUGGUAUGAUAGAAUAGAGCCCUGGUGAAAGUUCGCUUCAACUGAAAAGGAAGAUGUAGGCACUGCAUGGGAUGGAAAUAUUUUUGCAAGUAAAAACAUAACACCCAAAGGAAAGCAUUGAGAAUUGGAAUUAGCUCUUCUAGUUGACAACCUUCACCACCUCUGUAUAAGUAGUUCUUUUGAAAGUACCAGUGAGAAACAUAAAUGAUAGCAUAA